CAGAAGGCAUUUGAUGGCAUAGCGUCAGGAUGACGGACGUUCUGGAAUACAGACAAGAUGAAUUCGUGCUAAUCGAGAUCAAGGUACGCACGUUUUUCGCGUUUUAUUCAUGACUUUGGGAAACCCUACGGAAAUUUACUGAGGAAUUACGGCUUGGAUGAGAUCAGAGAGGAAGCGUGAAUACUGCGGCGAGGUUAUUGGAAGAGAUUUAUAAACAGGAAGACAUGGAGGCGAAUAAAACAGAGUUAUGUGAAAGUCUUCUGAUUUGGUUGCAGACAUUCAGAACUACUACAUCAUGCAAGACCAUCCCGGAUUUGACUAAUGGUGUUACCAUGGCACAGGUUCUUCAUCAAAUAGAUCCUUCCUGGUUUAAUGAUCCUUGGCUGAGUCGUAUUAAAGAAGAUGUUGCUGACAACUGGAGGCUAAAGUUAAAUAAUUUGAAGAAGAUCCUGCAGAGUGUGCUGGAUUAUUAUCAAGAGGUGUUGGAUCAGGACAUUUCAGUUUUGCCUCAUCCUGAUUUAAAUAGAGCUGCUGAAUAUGCAGAUCCUGUGGAAUUGGGCAGGUUACUACAGCUUAUCCUGGGCUGUGCAGUCAACUGUGAAGAUAAACAAGAGCACAUUCAAACUAUAAUGACACUUGAGGAGUCAGUGCAGCAUGUCGUUAUGACUGCUAUCCAGGAGUUGAUGCAUAAAGAACCUCUGGCAUCCCCUGGAGUUGAACCACCUGGAGACUGUGAGCAACAGUUAAAAAGAAUCACAGAAGAGCUCAGAGAAGCUUUGGCAGCUAAAGAGGAACUGGUUCAAAGAUGUCAAGAGCUGGAUAUUCAGGUGACAUCCCUUCAAGAGGAAAGGAGCAACUUAUUAAUGGAAUUUGAUGUCUUGACUGCAAGACUAAAUGAAUUUGAUUCAUUUGAUGAUCCAAACUCUGUAGUGGGGAAGAAGUACUCUCAUUUACAGUUGCGGAUUGAAAAGAUGCAAGAAGAAAACUUCAGACUUGAAGCUGCAAAGGAGGAUUAUCGUAACCACUGUGAGGAGCUGGAGAAACAGGUGAUAGAACUGCAGCACAGGAAUGAUGACCUUACUGGCCUAGCAGAGCAGGCAAGGGCUUUGAAGGAUGAACUGGAUGUUCUUCGGUAUGACAACAGUAACCAUACAAAUUAG